AAAAGCUCCAGGCCAAAGACGUGGCUUGCUGUAGAAUCUGCACUACUCUCGUCGUCUAUAAAUAUUUAAUUUUCUGCGAUUUAGAACAUAAUACAAUAACUAUCUAAUAGAACGAAUAGCAUACAAGGGGAAAUUCCUCCGCGCAGCGCGCCAUUGACUGUAAAGACCUUUCAACUUAUCAAAGACUGAAAUUGACAAACGUCUUCUAUGCCUGUGGGGAGAAAUCUAUCCAUAACAAUUUUUACAUUCGAAUGGGAAGGUCGUGCAGUAUGCUAAUAUAAUGUGAAAGGGCAUAUUUAAAGCUAAAUAGCGGAUAUGUUUGGCUUAAGUCCGUUUUUUUGUUGCGAUUUCCAUGUGAAGUGAAAUUGCUUCUCGCUGGCUAGUUCUCUUGGUAACUCUUGUUUCCCGGGAGCGAAAAACAUGGAUAAGUAUGAGGAGGAUGUGGGUAUCCGGGCGAGUAAAUUAAUAGAGGAUCUUUCGAUGUAUGAACCGUACAAAGAUGGGAUUUACAAUGCAAGAAGAGACAUGGUCAUUAGCCCAGAUUUGGAUUUUUCGACUCAAAUAAUUCCAGAGCAAAAAGCAAAAAGAAUGAAUGGUAGUUCUGCGCCUCAUCAACUGCCCCAUACCUUUGAAAACUACGGGUCUGGGAGUAAAGUUUACAAUGCGGCUCCUGUACGCCCUGUGAACGGAAAUCGACAAAUUCACGAAGAUUUUUGUAACCCUCCUAGAGAUUCUGUGUAUUGUGAAGAUGGCCAUUGCACCAAAUCCGAGAUUGCCUUGCCGUGCUACAGCGGAUCUUCUGAACGGCACAAGAGAUACUCAAUGGAGGUGCAUGCGCAUAGGUACAGCACCGGUAGCGCGUAUGAUGGAGUAGCGGUGAAACAAGGCGCCUUUCCUCCCUUCCCCGGCAACAGAAGCAACAGUGUCUGCAUUACUACCAAUCAAGACGGCAGGUACAAUGCAACAAGCCCACGAUCGAGUUUAGCGUCUUCCUUGUUCUCACAGGAGCAAAGCAAGCACCCAAGCCCACGAUCUAGUAUCAGCAGCCCGCGGACAAGUCUGGUGGUGCCCGGUCAAGAAAAAUUUAACAGUCCCAGAUCCAGUUUGGUGCAAUACGACGGGAACAGCAUACUUAGCCCGAGGUCCAGUUACGCAAGCACAGCCAGCGAUACGAGUAAACAUUCCAGUCCAAGGACCAGUUUGAAUAGCUAUGACUGCGGUAGCAAACCCAGCAGCAACCGGACCAGUGGCAUCAGUAUGGGCUAUGACCAACGGCACAUCAGUCCAAGGUCUAGUACGGCUAGCCAGUACUCUUGUACCACAAGUCCUCGAUCUAGCUACUCAGAUUCUCGGUACAUGCCGAGUGGAAAUCAUGAGCUCGAGGGCGCAGUUGUACAUGGCUUGCCGGCGAGCAAUCCCCAGUCGGGCAUGGGCAACCAGGACGGUAACGCUAGACCGGCUAAUUGCGUGUUGAGUCCGCGCUCUAGUAUUUCUAGCCACAGUUCCAGGAGUUCCCGCAGUUCACGGGGAUCCAUGAGUACAUAUCCGGAGCUGCAGUUACCAUCACCUCGGUCGUCUAUGUUGGGACCUGGUUUACAAGAAAGCACGGCAAUUCAAGAUUUUGGAGACACGAGCUGCAUUCACAAUACGAUUGAUCUCCAGUCAUUUCCUGUGAUGCAGGAGGCACAGCAACAGCAGGCAAUACAAUUUGGAUUAAACCCAGAACCAACGCCGGGCCUACCAGCAUCUUUUAAUUAUGGUAGCCCCACGAAAAGUUCGACCCCUGCACAGAAGUUUAAGUUGCCUUACCAGGUCACCCCAUGCCGUGAAAGUGGCCCUAGCCAAGCCGAAAAACGGCUAGAGGCGCUCACCCUAGAGCUGGAGAAGGAACUAGAGAUGCACAUUAAAAAAGAAUAUUUUGGAAUCUGUGUCAAAUGUGGUAAGGGCGUGUAUGGAGCCAGCCAAGCUUGCCAAGCCAUGGGCAACCUCUACCACACCAACUGUUUUACCUGCUGUUCAUGCGGGAGAAGGCUGAGAGGGAAAGCAUUCUACAAUGUCAACGGCAAGGUCUACUGCGAAGAAGAUUUUCUGUAUUCUGGGUUCCAGCAAACAGCAGAAAAGUGUUUUGUGUGUGGCCACCUCAUCAUGGAAAUGAUACUGCAGGCGCUGGGCAAGUCCUACCACCCCGGCUGCUUCCGCUGCGUCGUCUGCAACGACGGCCUGGACGGGGUGCCCUUCACCGUGGACGUGGAGAACAACAUCUACUGCGUGAAAGACUACCACACGGUAUUCGCUCCCAAGUGCGCCUCCUGCAACCAGCCGAUCCUUCCCGCCCAGGGCUCUGAGGAGACCAUUAGGGUGGUGUCCAUGGACAAGGACUACCACGUGGAGUGCUAUCACUGCGAGGACUGCCAGCUGCAGCUGAACGACGAGGAGGGCCACCGCUGCUACCCCCUGGAGGGCCGCCUGCUCUGCCACGGCUGCCACAUCCGCAGGCUGAAGGCGCAAGCGCCCGCGCAGCCGCCCGCCGGGUGCCCCCUGCACGUCACGGAGCUGUGAACGGAGCCAGCGGGCACAGCGGGCACAGCGGGACUGAGAGAAAGCAGCAGAGACGGGGAUGCGGAGAGAGGCACCCUGGGACCCUCUCUGGCCAACCAGAGGGCGCUAACCUCCGGAGUCUGGGAGGUGGUUAAAUUGACUUGCGAUGGCGCACGCUGCUAGCCGAGUGGGAAA